AUGCCAGUGCAGGGCACGCCUACCUUGCCCAUAGGAGAAGGACCCACGGCCCAAGAGCACCCUCUUCCACCGAUUGACGGGGCCCACCACCCUGACCCUUCCACGCCGGAGCAGGGCUGGCCUACCCUGCCCAUCGGAGAAGGACCCACGGCCCAAGAGCACCCUCUUCCACCGGUUGGCGGGGCCCACCACCCUGACCCUUCCACGCCGGAGCAGGGCUGGCCUACCCUGCCCAUCGGAGAAGGACCCACGGCCCAAGAGCACCCUCUUCCACCGGUUGGCGGGGCCUACCACCCUGACCCUUUCACGCCGGAGCAGGGCUGGCCUACCCUGCCCAUCGGAGAAGGACCCACGGCCCAAGAGCACCCUCUUCCACCGAUUGACGGGGCCCACCACCCUGACCCUUCCACGCCGGAGCAGGGCUGGCCUACCCUGCCCAUCGGAGAAGGACCCACGUCCCAAGAGCACCCUCUUCAACCGAUUGACGGGGCCCACCACCCUGACCCUUCCACGCCGGAGCAGGGCUGGCCUACCUUGCCCAUCGGAGAAGGACCCACGUCCCAAGAGCACCCUCUUCCACCGAUUGACGGGGCCUACCACCCUGACCCUUUCACGCCGGAGCAGGGCUGGCCUACCCUGCCCAUCGGAGAAGGACCCACGGCCCAAGAGCACCCUCUUCCACCGGUUGGCGGGGCCCACCACCCUGACCCUUCCACGCCGGAGCAGGGCUGGCCUACCCUACCCAUAGGAGAAGGACCCACGGCCCAAGAGCACCCUCUUCCACCGGUUGGCGGGGCCUACCACCCUGACCCUUUCACGCCGGAGCAGGGCUGGCCUACCCUGCCCAUCGGAGAAGGACCCACGGCCCAAGAGCACCCUCUUCCACCGAUUGACGGGGCCCACCACCCUGACCCUUCCACGCCGGAGCAGGGCUGGCCUACCCUGCCCAUCGGAGAAGGACCCACGGCCCAAGAGCACCCUCUUCAACCGAUUGACGGGGCCCACCACCCUGACCCUUCCACGCCGGAGCAGGGCUGGCCUACCCUGCCCAUCGGAGAAGGACCCACGUCCCAACAGCACCCUCUUCAACCGAUUGGCGGGGCCCACCACCCUGACCCUUUCACGCCGGAGCAGGGCUGGCCUACCCUGCCCAUCGGAGAAGGACCCACGGCCCAAGAGCACCCUCUUCCACCGGUUGGCGGGGCCCACCACCCUGACCCUUCCACGCCGGAGCAGGGCUGGCCUACCCUGCCCAUCGGAGAAGGACCCACGUCCCAAGAGCACCCUCUUCAACCGAUUGACGGGGCCCACCACCCUGACCCUUUUGCGCCGGUGCAGGGCACGCCUACCCUGCCCAUCGGAGAAGGACCCACGGCCCAAGAGCACCCUCUUCCACCGGUUGACGGGGCCCACCACCCUGACCCUUCCACGCCGGAGCAGGGCUGGCCUACCCUGCCCAUCGGAGAAGGACCCACGUCCCAACAGCACCCUCUUCAACCGAUUGGCGGGGCCCACCACCCUGACCCUUUCACGCCGGAGCAGGGCUGGCCUACCCUGCCCAUCGGAGAAGGACCCACGGCCCAAGAGCACCCUCUUCCACCGGUUGGCGGGGCCCACCACCCUGACCCUUCCACGCCGGAGCAGGGCUGGCCUACCCUGCCCAUCGGAGAAGGACCCACGUCCCAAGAGCACCCUCUUCAACCGAUUGACGGGGCCCACCACCCUGACCCUUUUGCGCCGGUGCAGGGCACGCCUACCCUGCCCAUCGGAGAAGGACCCACGGCCCAAGAGCACCCUCUUCCACCGGUUGACGGGGCCUACCACCCUGACCCUUCCACGCCGGAGCAGGGCUGGCCUACCCUGCCCAUCGGAGAAGGACCCACGUCCCAACAGCACCCUCUUCAACCGAUUGGCGGGGCCCACCACCCUGACCCUUUCACGCCGGAGCAGGGCUGGCCUACCCUGCCCAUCGGAGAAGGACCCACGGCCCAAGAGCACCCUCUUCAACCGAUUGACGGGGCCCACCACCCUGACCCUUUUGCGCCGGUGCAGGGCACGCCUACCCUGCCCAUCGGAGAAGGACCCACGGCCCAAGAGCACCCUCUUCCACCGGUUGACGGGGCCUACCACCCUGACCCUUUCACGCCGGAGCAGGGCUGGCCUACCCUGCCCAUCGGAGAAGGACCCACGUCCCAACAGCACCCUCUUCAACCGAUUGACGGGGCCCACCACCCUGACCCUUCCACGCCGGAGCAGGGCUGGCCUACCCUGCCCAUCGGAGAAGGACCCACGUCCCAACAGCACCCUCUUCAACCGAUUGACGGGGCCCACCACCCUGACCCUUUUGCGCCGGUGCAGGGCACGCCUACCCUGCCCAUCGGAGAAGGACCCACGUCCCAACAGCACCCUCUUCAACCGAUUGACGGGGCCUACCACCCUGACCCUUUCACGCCGGAGCAGGGCUGGCCUACCCUGCCCAUCGGAGAAGGACCCACGGCCCAAGAGCACCCUCUUCCACCGGUUGGCGGGGCCUACCACCCUGACCCUUCCACGCCGGAGCAGGGCUGGCCUACCCUGCCCAUCGGAGAAGGACCCACGUCCCAAGAGCACCCUCUUCCACCGAUUGACGGGGCCCACCACCCUGACCCUUCCACGCCGGAGCAGGGCUGGCCUACCCUGCCCAUCGGAGAAGGACCCACGUCCCAACAGCACCCUCUUCAACCGAUUGGCGGGGCCCACCACCCUGACCCUUUUGCGCCAGUGCAGGGCACGCCCUAUUCGCCGGUCGUGCCUAUCCCUGAAGAGCAACACCCCGUGGUGGUGGAAACCCCUCCCCAAGGCGUCAUCGAGAACCCCCACCCUGACCCUGCGACAUUCGUGCAGGACGAGCGUUAUGUGCCUUACGUGCCUACCACGGAAGAGCACGGCGAGGCCGCUGGUGGGAAGCAUCCGUUUUAG